GUUACUAUAGCAACUUGCCCUACGCCAUAUUGAGAGUCAACAUUUCAUUAUAAAAACUUAUUUUAUUAAUCGAUCAACGGUGAAAUGAGUAAUUUUGGAAAUCGUCCUCCAUCAGGAGCUCUAAGACCUGGGACAAAAGGACGUUUGGCACAGGGAAGCAGUAAAGGAAGGCCCCCAGGAACUGGCUUGGUACCAAGUAGUGCACGACCAGGCACCGUGGGGGAGAUGGUGCUGUUGGAGCUUUAGGUUCUCAGAUCAAGGUUACAGAUCGUCCAAUGACCAGACAAGGUCUUGGUAUUGCCACUGGAGCGAAAGGUCCGCAAAGGCAAGUUCAAGAUAAAUCCUAUUUCAUGGGACUGCUGAGGGCAAAGGUUUCUGAACUGACGGCAGAGAUAUCCAGAAUGCAGAAAGAGAUUGAUAAAUAUUCCCAAGAACAUGAAACGUAUCUUACGUAUGAAAAAAGGGCAGAAAAUAUUGCAUCUGAGAUAAAGAAUCUACAAGGAGAGCUAGCUGAUUAUAACACCCUUUUGGAUAAGAUGAAUACAGAUUCUGACAUGGAUGAAAUAAAUCAGGAGCAUGAUUCGAUUAAGGCUAGCAAUGAUCGUGAAAGGAAAAUGAUUGAUGAAUUGUUUUUGAAACGCCAAGAAAAAGAGGACAAAAUCAGAGAACUUCAACUUGAAAUAGACCAAGAAAACAGAAUGGCAGAAAAUCUGGUACAAGGCAUGUCUGAUAAAAUGAAGCAAAAUUACUUCAAUUUGAAGAAAAAAACUGUUUUACUUGAAAAAGAAUUGGAUGAAAAACAACAAAAUCUUGAAAAAAUAACAACAAAGCUACAAGUACUUGGAGAGGAGAUUUCAUCAUCUCCUGUAAAACAAGAGGCUGUAACGUUAUAUGAGAAAAUUCAUGAGUUGGAAGAGAAGAAGCAGAACUUGGUCGAGGAAGACAUGAGUAAAGGCACUCCUGCAGAGGAGAGAGAGAAGCUUUUGAAGCAGGUAAAGGAUGACAACGAAGAGAUACGCUCAUUGGAAAAGAGGAUCAAAGAAAUUAGAGAAAAGGUGCAGAUUUCAACGGAAGAGUUACAGCAAGUUGAUAUGGAUCUUGAGGAAAAUCAAGGGGAGCGAAGUCAAAAAUAUAUCGAAUUAAAGAAAAGAGAAGAAAGCAUGCAAGAAUUUCUUGAUUCUUUUGAAGAAAAUAAACAGAAAGAGCUGGAACGCAAAUCUCAGUUGGAGGGAAACAUUGUCUCCAUUCUUGAACACAUGAGCAGACGAAUGAUACGUUCAAAGCACUUGCCUAGCGUGAACGAACUCAAACAAAUGCAGGAGGAUUUGAGUUUUAAAGAAAAUGAAAUGCAAAGAUCACAGAAUACGUCGGAGUCUUUGCAAUCAGAACAUGAAAGACUGCAAAUCGACUUGGACAAAGUUGAACAGCUCGAAAGCAAGAUAAGUUCAGAGCUUGAAGCUAUAACAAUUAAAAUCGCUACAAUGGAAGAGGAACUUGUGAAGUAUCGUGAUUUAGGCUCCCUAAAAGAAAGCGCUGAAAAUAGAAGAAUGAAUUUGAAUGAAGAACAAGAAACUCUGGAAUCUAGGCGUGAGACCAUGCAAACCCGUGUUCGCGAUUUAACUGCAAAAUACGAUGUUCUCAAAAAUAAAUUGAAUGAAAAUGAGACGUACUCCCAGCUCUCAAAUCUUGAACGAAAAUGGCAACAUUUGGAACAAAAUAAUUUUGUCAUGAAAGAAUUUAUUGCUACAAAGAACGUUGAAAGUGACUAUAAACCAUUAAAGGAAAAAGUUAUCGUUCAACUGGAUGAUAUAAACAAAAUAAUCAUAGGAAACCUGAAAAAACAAACUAAAUAGUUCAUAGUAUUUUGUAAUUUAUUUAUGGUUUGACUUUAUCAUUUUGCAUGUUUAAGUUAGUUAUGACUUUGUGUGUAUGUGAGUUAAUAUAUUUAAAAUUCGAAGUCCAAAUAACAGUGAAUUAAUAUAUUAAAAAUUCGAAGUCCAAA